AUGGGCCUCACACCCGUCCACUUCUUCUCCCAUGGCUCGACCAUGAUGUUAGGAGAAGACUCCGAAAGCGCAGACUACUGGAAGAAAUGCGGCGAUGAAGCCCUGGAGCGUCAAAUCAAAGGCGUAGUCAUCAUGGGGGCACACUGGGACUGUCUGGGGGACAAGAUCGAGCUAGCAACAAACCCCAAUCCCGAAAAGAGUCCAGUGGCCUAUGUCCAUCCCGACAAAUACCAGAACUACAAGCUGAACCCAGAUCUGGAAACGACCAAGCGCUGCAUCGAAAUGCUGACGCAGGAAGGAUUCAACGUGAGCGGGAAUGACACGUUCGACUGGAUCCACGACGUCUUUCUAAUUCUCAUUCGCAUGUUCCCGGCCGGAUGUCCACCGACGACUCUCGUGUCCGCCAACGCCCGCUUCGACCCUCAUUUCCAUAUGAAGAUGGGGGCGACGCUGCGCCAGCUACGACGUGAGAACUACCUGAUCAUCGGGACGGGAGGAGCGGUGCACAACCUCUACCGGAAUCGGUGGGCGCCGAUGAUGCGCUUCCGGGAUAACUUCGCCAUGGAGACCGCGCCGGAGGAUUGGGCGAUGGAGUUUCGCCAGGCGGUGGAGGAUGUCAUCACGAAGACGUCUGGGGUGCAGCUACGGCGUGCGAUGACGAGGCUCAUGAAACAUCCUCGAUUCCGGGAUGCUCAUGCUACCGAUGACCACUUCAUGGCAGCCAUGUUUGUGGCUGGUGCGGCGGGGGAUGCAGAGGAUGAGAACACGCCGGCGAUAUUGGGGGCGGAGAGUUGGGAGUUGACCAACAUGUGCAACUCGCAAUUUACCUUGGGGAGAUGGCCCAAGGAGAUUGCCGUGUAA